AUGGCUCUCCUCGACGCUGCCGCGCCGCCGGCGGGGGGGCCGACACUUUUCGGCUUGUCCAUGAAGCAGCUUUCCCUCAUCACGCUCACCUUUCAGAACUCGGCAUUGAUUCUGAUCAUGCACUACUCCCGCAUCAUGCCCCCCAUUGGCGACCACCGAUACUUUACAUCCACGGCAGUCUUCCUCAAUGAGGUUAUCAAACUGUCAAUUUGCUUGACCUGCUCCAUUGCAGAGGUCUCGCGCACGUUAGCCCCCUCUACGCCGGCUACCGUCAUCUUUGAGCAGAUCUUCAACUCCGUGUUCUCGGGCGAUGGGUGGAAGCUCGCAAUCCCAGCAACACUUUACACGCUGCAAAAUACGCUGCAGUACGUCGCUGUUGGAAACCUGGAUGCCGUCCACUUUCAAGUGCUGUAUCAGCUCAAGAUUCUCACGACAGCCGUCUUUUCCGUCACAAUGCUUCGCCGCGCUCUCGGCAUGAAGCGCUGGAUCUCUCUCUUCAUCCUGACCUUGGGUGUCUCGAUCGUCUCGCUUCCCCAGCCUUCGCCCGCAGGCCAUACCGAGUCCUCUUCGGCCAGUAUCCUCCUACACGAUACCACGGACCAUUUCUUUCCUCGCUCCGUGCACGAACUGGGUCAAGCUGCCGAGGGUGCGGUCGAUGUGGCCCGUGAGCUCACCAAGCGCGCUGCGGACGGUCUCGCGGGCGUCGGUGGAGAAAUCAUGAAGCGGUCGGCCUCAUAUCAGGGUAUCCAGGAGGACCAAGACCCGUCGCCGCUCAUGAACUACUCAAUUGGACUGUCCGCCGUGCUCGUUGCCGCCGUGGCAUCGGGCCUUGCCGGAGUAUACUUUGAGAAGAUGCUCAAGGACUCGGGCACUCAUGCCUCUGUCUGGACCCGCAAUAUCCAGCUUUCAUUUUAUUCGCUAUUUCCCGCUCUGGCAGGUGUCAUCUUCAUAGACGGGGAGGAUAUUACCAAGCAUGGAUUCUUUGAUGGAUACAACUGGGUUGUCUGGACCGCGAUAGUAUUCCAGGCUGUUGGAGGUGUGCUUGCGUCGCUUUGCAUCAACUAUGCCGACAACAUUGCGAAGAACUUUGCUGCGAGCAUCAGCAUCGUUAUCAGCUUCUUGUUUAGUGUCUGGUUCUUCAACUUUGAAGUCAAUUUCACAUUCCUCGCCGGCACUGCUCUGGUUCUGGCCGCGACGUACAUCUACAGCAUUCCUGAUCGCAAGGGCCGCCCGCCACCGAUUACGAUUGCAAGCUACGAAAAGGCAAUGGUUGACCCGGCCUACACGCCAGCCAUCACAGACGAAACUAAGCUUAACCUGGACCCGCUUGAUGCGGUCCGCAACAUGGGACUUUCGACGUCUAGGCCAUCCUCACCCAUGCUGCACCACCACCGCGCGCCAUCAGUUAGGGGCAAGAACCGCGACGACUAA